UGGACGGAUCUGACAUUCUGACCCAUAUAAUAUUGGGCAGGUUAGGGUUUUCUCUCUCUUUCUCUCAGUUCUCCAUUGAAGCGCACUUCGACAUCGCACUUGACGUUCUCCAUUACACAUUACUUGUUCGAGUCUAACAAUGGAGGAAGAUGUUCCAGGAAAGAAUGAGGAAGAGGAGUUUAAUACUGGUCCACUAUCUGUACUUAUGAUGAGUGUCAAGAAUAACACGCAGGUCCUUAUCAAUUGCCGAAACAACAGAAAAUUGUUUGGACGUGUGAGAGCUUUUGAUCGUCACUGCAAUAUGGUUCUUGAAAAUGUCAGGGAGAUGUGGACUGAGACCCCGAAGACUGGAAAAGGGAAGAAAAAGGCACAGCCAGUGAACAAGGACAGGUUCAUUAGCAAGAUGUUCCUUCGAGGAGACUCAGUAAUCAUUGUCUUAAGGAAUCCAAAGUAAUUUCAGUCACCUGAUUCGCGUGAGUGGCUGAUUCUGCAGAUGGCCCCUUUUAUGCCAAUGUAAUCCGAGAGUAGUAUUAGAUUAGUGGAAGUGUGGAACUUAUGUUGGACAGAAAUAUGUUCUGAAUAGAUGUAGCCUUUAUUCUCGUGAGAUUGGUCGCUGGAUAAUGCCAUAAUGGUGUCAACUUUGCCGGGAUUACAUUGAAGUAUGGCCAAUUAGUAUGUCUGAGUUGCUUUAGUUAGACUCAAGGAUAGAAAUCUGAUUGUCUCCCGAAUUAUCUUUGCUUUGGUCACAUAUAUGUUAUGUCACUUUAUCUUGAUUUGCAGUAUUGGAUUCACAGUUAACUGUUAAUAAUUUGAAA